AUACCUUACUUGUUCUCUUACUUUUACACGUUGAGCCCUCCCUGCUCCGCGUUCGCUCUUGCUUACUAUGUCUGCGCCCGACCGUUUCGCGCUCUUACAUGCUGCUCUCGAGAAGGCACCUGCCCUGUGGGAUACUGAUGUCGCUGACUCGCUUUGCCAAAUAGAGAUUGCUGAACAGGCAGGGAAUGCACAUGUCCUUUUGGCUGCCUACUGUGCCACUUUCGCGCACCCCCACCCGACCAUUGUCGACCGGUUUUUCGCCACUGCUUCCAAAGCGGUUCAUGGAAUCCCCGAAAGACUUGUCCAUCCUGACUGGAAACUGUGGGCUUGCAGCCCCAAGAUAGCAAACAAGGUGCUCAAGGCGGGGGUGUUUACUAUGGCCGAUGCCAAAUUCUUACGAGAACCGUCGCCACCGCCAGCUCCUGUGCCAGCUGCGACAUCAAACUCUAAGAAACGCAAACCCCACGGCCGUUCUCCUUCUACCAGGCCUCUCAAAGACCAAGCGUCUUCCUCCGUCGAUGAAGAGCGGGACCUUCUCCCUUCGCUCCGCAAAGAGAAAGAAACUGCAUCUUCAAGCAGGACGUCCAGCAAACAUCCCAAACGCGAUCAAGUUUCCCCCUCAGUCGACGAGGAACGGGAACUGUCUCCCUUACCUUCCAAGAAGGAAGCAACUACUACCAAACGGAAAGGCACGAUCCCUCCUCCCACUGUGCUAGGCAAAGAGAGUUCAGCGGCCCCCGAGAAAUCCCAGGUGAAAGGCCGAGGAUGCAAAACUGUUGUCAAGGAGGAGCCUACCGUCCCUAGGGCAAAGGAACCUACUCCUCCUCCUGCCAUCCUGGCUGAAGACACGCAUGUUGACAUCCGUGGACGCUCUCCUACCCCUGUUACUGCGGAAUACAUGCUUGAGCGCAUCCUUACUGAUUCUCCUUUGUUGUCGGCAAUGCGUCUCCCUCACAAGGACGCGACUGGUUUCCUUUGUCAACACAAGGAGCCGUUGAUGACUUGUACCAACUGUAACAAGUGGGGUCAUUGCUCCUGCCGUCUCUCCGCCUCGGACUUGCAGGAGGUCCAUGAUAAUCUGCUCACUUCAGCGCAAGCCGCCUAUCCUUUCAUGGAAAUGCACGACCGGCUCUUUCAAUCUGCCGACCGCACGAUCCGCCACCUUCUCAACGCGUUGCACAAAACUACGGAAUCCGCACUGCGGCAUUGUGUAACAUGUUACAAGCAUUCACUCAAGUUGAAGGUGACCACGAUACCGAUGCGCUCGUCAAUUUUGCACGUCAAUUUCCGGUUGGACGCCGCCUGCUUAUCGACAUGGGGCUGCUUGUUGCCCGCACCCCAACUCCGUCACUAUUACCCCCAUCCUUUGACAAUGCAUAGUGAAACUGAUCCCAAGCCUCAACUGCCGGAGUUCACCAUCCUCGAGAACCAGACUUCCACGCCUCGCACGA